ACAGCACGGCGGUUCCGGGGCCGCACAGGAGCCCGCCCCACACACAUCACGUCCUGCCGCCGCACAGCUUCUGGGCUGCGCACCCAUGGGCACGCCCCAGGAAGCGGAAUUCCAUCGAGGCGGCGGUUCCGGCGGCGGUGUUGCCGCCGUACGGGCUGCAGCGGGGAGGUGAGGUGAAGUGAAGCGGGGUAGGUGCCGCCGCUGCCCCGUCCGGCCCCUCUGGCCUGCUCCUCGGCGGGGCCUUCCCCCUCGCCUCCGCCAUGCACCCGGUUUUCCAGAGCAGCCGGCGCGACUUCACGUUCGGGCCGUGGAAGCUGAGCGCCGCUCGGACGCACAUCAUGAAGUCGGCACAGGCCGAGAGAUUAGCUGAUGAAUUACACAUGCCUUCUCUACCAGAGAUGAUGUUUGGAGACAAUAUCCUAAGAAUACAACAUGAUCGUGGUUUUGGAAUAGAGUUCAAUGCAACAGAUGCUUUAAAAUGUGUCAAUAACUGUCAAGGUAUGAUCAAAGUGGCUUGUGCAGAGGAGUGGCAAGAGAGCAGGAGUGAGACUGAGCACACUAAAGAAGUCGUGAAGCCAUAUGAUUGGACUUACACAACAGACUACAAAGGAACAUUGCUGGGAGAUACUGCAACAUUAAAGGUUGUUCCUACAACAGAACACAUAAAUACGGAGAAAUUGAAAGCCAGGGAACAAAUCAUGUUUUUUGAAGAAGUGCUUCUGUUUGAAGAUGAACUUCAUGACCAUGGAGUAUCAAGUUUGAGUGUAAAAAUAAGAGUUAUGCCUUCCAGCUUCUUUGUGCUGUUGAGGUUUUUCUUGCGAGUUGAUGGGGUACUUAUCAGGAUGAAUGAUACAAGGCUUCAUCAUGAGGCGGACAAGACCUACAUGUUGCGAGAAUACACAUCCAGAGAAAGCAAAAUAUCAAGUUUAAAGCAUGUUCCGCCUUCCCUGUUCACGGAACCUAAUGAGAUCUCACAGUAUCUACCCAUAAAGGAGACAAUCUGUGAAAAGCUAGAAUUCCCAGAGAAGCUGGAGCCUAAACCAGAAGCAUCACUGGAAACCACGUGUGUUAAGUCUAAAUAAAUGUGACUUUCUAUGGACUUGAAGUAGACUGGAGAUAAUGUGAUCCUGUAACCAUUGCCAUGGGGGGUGGUUUCACUACUAGUGGAAUAAAGAAUUUGGCUAAUUUUUCUGUAGCCCUGAGAGAAAACAUUUCAAGCAAGUUUUGCUAAUGGUGUAUUUUGUUUGUUUUCUUUUUAACCUGUAUCUAGAUUAAAUGAUAGACUGGUGACAAGUUACGGUUUUCAGCAGCAUUGGAGAAAAACACAGUUAAGAGUCUGGGUUCUGUUUAGUUCACUGUUUAAGUAGGAGUGUUGUCUGGACCCUCUACCACAAACACUUCUAUGAAGAUUUUUGCUGUUGCUGCUUCAGAUACUAAGAGACUACUGGAAUUGUAAAAUUGGCAUGAUUUUACUUUUAUUGAAAAAUCAUACACAGUAAAAAAAUUUUUAAAAAUAUAUUUUCUUCUGCAUAUAUUUUGAGCUGUCGGUUCUAAACUACACAUUUUACCUGGCUUCCCCUACUGUGAGCUGAUAACUAAGUCAGUUGCUUUUUGGAGUCUCUGAUCCCAACUUUACUUUAAGAAUACUCUUUUCAUCUGAGGAUAAGUUUAAGGUGGAAAAAAUGCAUUUGCUUGACACUAUACAAAGGCAAAAUUACCUUAUUUGUGAGAGAUUCACUCCAGAGCAGAAGAAAGGCUGGCUGUUGAGAUACACACUGAUGUCUCUUCACAAAUAGUGGUUUAAUCUGAUGUCAGCCAGAUUUCUCUAGGCAGUUCUGGAGACUGUUGCUUGGGGUCUGUAUGCUGCUACAGCCACGUACUGUAUUUAUUGGAAACACAUUGUACUGUGUUGACCUUCUGUUGGACAUAUCAGAUGGUGCCUGGCCUGUGUAUGCUGCCCUGAGAGUCAAAUUGCUAAACUGCAGAGUGGCUUAUGACUGGGCAAGAACGUGGUGUUUAGUCUCUUAUCCCUAAAGGAUGCUGGUAUUUGCAGUUUCAGGAACAAGAUCCUGUAUAGCCUUAAAAAGAUGUUAACAUGUAUUCCAGAUAUGCAAUCUUGGUUUAUUUUCUAAAUUCUUUGAAGUUCUGAUAUUAAUAGAAGUGUGAUCACAGGUACAGUCAUGGUUUUAACUCAACACUUGGUAGAUUAAGCUUCAAAUAUUUGUAUUGCUUUUGGAAAUCCUAAAUUACAUUAGUGUUUUGGCCUAAGAAUGGGGAGCUAGGUUUACUGCUCACACUCAUUGAAGUGCAAGAAGCAAAUGACUAGCAAAAAGCAGGCCUUGUGGUUUAAGGUGAUGGCAGGUAAGAAUGUGUACACGUUCUGAUUUCUUGGAGUUAUUUGUUUAAAAAAAAUAUUCAUAUUCUACACUGCAUGGCUUAAUAGAAACAACCCACCCUAAAACAUGGUGUUUAACCAGGUCUUUUGAGAAAUGGUUUUCACUUAAAGAUGAUCUUGAGGUUUUUAGAAAGCAGUCUGCUGCCAUCUAAGUGACUGUUUUCAUAAUAAAACAAACAACACACUUUUCUUCACUUUUAUUUGUGGCAGCCUCAUCUAACAAAUUGAUCAUAAGGCCAAAAGGCAGGAACUAACUGCAGUUCUCCCUGUGUCACUGAUUUACUCAAGCCACAGGGAGGUGACUUCUCUGUGCUUCAGUUCCCUGUAUGUAGAAAUGAGAGUUAAUACGUGCCCACCUCACUCAGGGUUUGUGAGGAUUAUUGUCUAAAAAGGUAUUGAGUUUUUUUUUUUCCUGGCUACACCUUCAGCCUUACCUUUGGAAUCCUAUGAUCCAUAGGAUAAAAUGAGUGAAGGGAAUUGAAAUUGAAGUCUCUGACCCAAGUCAUUGUCAGCUGGACAUGACAUGGGUGAAUGAAUUUAUGGCCAAUUUGAAAUAGAGGUGAGGUCCUCUAUAUUCUCCAUUAGAGUCCUAAAUUCUGUUGCCUUUUUUCAUCUUCCUGCCCUUGUUUACUAAAGAUUUUAGUGUCAGAAUGAAAAAGGGGCUGCAAAUUAAUGCAGCAUGGAAGUGAUCAAAGUUUGUUUGGUAGUAGAAUAUUAUUUAGGUCCACUCCAGUGAUAGAGGGAUACAGAGAGAGUGAAAAGGAAGGGAACGUUUUGCUGGUGGAAGUAAAUCAUGGCAGUUAGUUUAAGCAUAUAUUAUUUUACAUGCCUUAAAGGCUUACAAAAACACACCUUAAAGCUGGUAGUGACUGAGAGGAGGGCUAAUGUAGUUCUAGCAUGAAGGGAACUAUAUCUGAAUUUGUUAAUUAAAAUUGUCAUUUGGGUUUGGUCAGUGAUGCUAACAUUAAGCUCCAUUGGGCUAAAGUAUUGUGGGGGGGAAACCCACAGCAUUGACACUUUGCAUUGAAACAGGUGUUCUGCAUGUUUAGCUUAUACUGUGUAUUUUAUCUUGUCCAUCAUACAUAGCACUUUGUGACCUGGUGAUACAGUUGUCUUGAAUGGACUUGAAUCCUGAACAUAUAGAUAUGUAAUAUCCAUCUUAUUUUCGGUGCUGUGCAUUUAAGUGGGACACAUGUUAGGAGAAUCACAAGAUAAUGUCUAGGAGGUUACAGUUACUACAAAGUAAAACUUUGGAGCACUUCGUGCCUCUCUUGUACCACACAGAUUAUCAAGAAGCAGCAGUAUAAACUGGUGUGCCACAAGCUCUCCAGUACAGUUUUUCCACGUAAAAGUACCACUUUGGAUACAUAAUUUUUAGGAGGAGGGAGUGGGGUGAUUCUCCAGCUCUUGUUGUGGCAAGGUUAACAUGUGGCAGUUUAUAUUCCUUCUUGUAUGUCAUUAAAUAAAAUGUACCAAACAUUUUAUAGUUCUGUUUUUAUCUGAACAAAAUAAACUGAAAUAACUACUCAUAA